AUGUCUGUUCCCGGACAUCACGUUUCUCGGAGCCGCACCGGGAACACUCCCACCGUCGAAAAGGGGCGAAUGGUGAACAUGGAGGGCUACACCAUGGCGCCGAAGCCGAACAACGCUGUCGUCCGCUACUUCGAGCCGUGCGCGGCCACGGCCUCCAUGUUCUUGUACGCGCAGGGAGCCUCGGUUGUGUGCUGCCACCAUGACACGCUUGCGAUAGAGAAGCGGUUCUCGCGGCACUCCGAGGAGGUUCAGCUACUGGCCGUCGACAACCACAGCGAUAUGGGCGCAGGGAGGCUGGUGGUCAGCUACGACGCGGGCCAGACAGCAAUUGUUUGGGAUCUACCGACGGGAGACGAAGUUGCUCGGUUUGCGUCCUAUGAGAACCUCACAUGCGCGGCAUGGAUGCGUAACGGCAACGUUGCCUUUGGCAAUACACAAGGCAAUGUGAUCCUCUUCGAGCCAACAACGUCAGAGCACAUAUCUGCUAGGACGAUCGAUCAGAUAGCCAUCACUGCGAUAUCGCCCGCAGCUGACUGCAGGACAUUUGCCCUUGGUUAUCAAAAUGGCUCGCUUUUGAUCGCUACUCUCCAGCCAAGGUUCACAAUACUUCACAAUCUCACCACCUCAAGGGGCCCGUCUCCAAUAGUGACCCUAUCAUGGCACGCCUCAACACCCCGACAGAAAUCCGACAUGCUGGCGGUGCAGACGAACGACGGCGAUCUCCGCGUAUGGAGCGUGUCCAAGGCCUACAGCAGUGAUGACCCGGCCAAGGUUGUGCGCAUCCUGAAGAGAACGGAAAACUAUCUGACAGGACCUAAUUGGAUGGGCUGGUCCAAGAACGGCCGGAUUAUUCAGUUCUCAGAAUCGGAAACAAUAUCUUGGGACGUGCGGACGAAGCAUGUUACAUAUGACACAAUCCCUACCCUCGAGACCGUUCGGGGGCUGGCCGUCUACGGGCCUGGAGCCACACUCUUCACCCUGGGAGCUAAUAAUACCGUCCAGCAAUUCGACCUGAACGCACCGGCGAUGAUGGUUGCUAAUGUGCAGCACCCGGCAAAUAUGCUCCCUCCAUCGCCCCCUAUAUCGCUCGAGGCAGAAGAUAAGGGGCAAGGCGGCAAUGUCUCCGAGUCGGAAUCCUCAGUCAAAAUCGCGUUCCACCCGUCCGAUUUGUCUGACGAGGACCACAGAUCGCCCCUGGCUCGGUACAUCCACACAGGUCAUGGGUUGGAGGCUGAACCAUACCGCCCAAGUAGCCCCGGAUCAAGUGUUACCCAGUCGAGCGUGUCCAUCUCAUCAUCCACGUCUCAGAAGAUGCCGCGAGUUUACCAAUCUUCUGUCGUUUCACGAGGCAUGACAGAGAACACGUACAUAUCAGCAGGCUCCUCACUACGGUCUGGUGCUCACCAUCGGGAGAGGAGGGAUAGGGAAUCCAUGUCAACCGGAAGCUCGAUAUCCAUGGGAAGUUCGCAAUACCGCCAUGGCCACCGGCCGUCAAGGCUGCGCCACGAGAUUCCACGCAGCCCAGACGAUUCCAGAGUGGUAGAUCUGUUCAAGUUCACCAAGAGCCGCCUCGUUGACGUACCUUACAAAGCGCCUUACUCGACCGAUCCGAGCCGGCUGACAAAUGACGACCUUCGCCUCCAAAUGCUGAGCACAAUAUUUGGGUGGAACAAGGACAUUGAUGAGCUGGUUCGGGAUGAAAUGUCGCGGCAUCCGCUGGGUUCCACAAACCGCAUCCUGCUGGCCAAGUGGCUAGGCGACAUCAACACUGACAUCAUGACCAUGGGCUCCCAGAACAUGACUUCGUCCGACUGGAUGCUCCUGGCACUCAGCGGUAUUGGAGGACAGGAGUCCCAGCACAAGCUGGGUCGCGCAUAUGUGCAGAGGCUCCUUGAGCACGGCGAUCUCCACGCAGCAGCAACAAUCAUGAUUGGUCUCGGCGACCACAAUGACGCCGUGGAGAUAUACAUUUCACACAAGAAGUACAUGGAGGCGCUGAUCCUUACUUGCCUCUUCUUCCCGAAAGCCUGGGAACGACAGGAGCAGAUCGCCAAGAAAUGGGGUGAAUGGGCGGUACAGCACGGCCAGCAACAAUUGGCCAUCAGAUGCUUUGCCUGCACUGGAGUCCAAUCUUCCGAACCCUGGACAUCGCCAUCCGCGCAGCAGCUCAAUUUCUCAACCAUCUCGCAGACGGUUCCAGAGUUGAUGAGCCCGCCGCUGUCACCGCCAACAACGAACCACGGACCACAGCGGAGCGUCGCAAAGAACUCAGCGCUGAAGCUUAUCACUUCAUUUAGCGACCCGCAGGCCAAGGCCAAGUUCUUCUCGGGACAUGGCGACGACGGCAAGACACCGAUCGCAGCCGGAGCGACUCCCAUCUUGGAGUCCGCUCUCUCACCCGGCGCUGACCCGGCAACGGCAGUUCUGCGAGGCAACCGGAGUCAGUUCAAUACGCCGGCAUCGGCCCGCCCGGGCCACGGUUUUGGCCGCAACCGGCUGCCCUCCAUCGGAGAGACCCCUGACGCCAACCACCGUGAUCGACUGGCUCUGGCAAACAAGAACGCCGGAGACGCAGAUCUGCAUGACAGUUAUGGCAAGUCUCUGGAGGCGACGAGACCGAAUACGGCUAGUCCGCGGUUGGUAAGGGAUGGCUCUUCCAGGGCACAGCCUCCCCCGUCCCCAUCCCCGGCGAUUGUCGCUGCUCUGAUGGAAAGCGGAACCAAAAGAAAUGGCUCUCGCACUCGGAUCCCCGAAGGACUGGACCUUUCACUCCCUGCAUUCAAGGACUCCUUGCCAGACGAUCUUACAUCCCCUGAACAGUCGGCGAAUUCCUCUGUCCGAUAUCACUGGCCUUCCAGGCGAAGGGGGCCGGCGUCCGUUGCCAGCUCCGCGACCUCGGCGGCAUCAUCGAGUGUUGCCAGAAGCCACCGGGGGUACGCGCCCCAGCAUGGCAGGAGUUUGGACCAAUAUAUCCACAGCCUAGACGCCGCCCAGAGCGCGAAACAUGUUCGCGGGAGCAGCCGCGACGGCCGCCAUCAUGGGCGUGAUCACAGCCAACCUCGUCAAGCGGACCGUGAGAAGUCGCGAGAUCGUGGACGGGCCGUGGCGCGAAGCUAUACGCCAAAGGGGGGAAAGAGAUCUCCAAAGUCGCCGGUGCCCAUGUCUCCCGAGGAUUUGAUCAACCUGGCGACGCCAAACCAGGACAUGGAGCAGGCAGACCAUGUCAACAGCAAUGGUAGGCUGGUUGGUGUUUACAACGACGAACUAGAGCCGCCAAGCCAGCCCAGUACAGUGAGGAAGGUAGGCUACACCCAUCGGGACGGCUCCCGUGUAAAGAGUUCGAGCCGGACUGCCAGUCGAGACGGCCGCGCCUCGAGCCGCAACCGCACCCUCAGUCCCGAUAGACAUGGGCUGCGAGAACAGGAUCUCCGUGGCCGCUCUGGAUCUCGCGGACCGCGGCAAAACAGAUCGCCACCGUCACCACAGCCCAUGUCGGCGGAUCUGCACCGGAAUCACUUUUACAACUCAGAGGACGAGGAGGACUACAGACAGGCAGUCGAAGCCCGUGAGAGGUUCCGCCGGAGAAACAACCGGAGCGGAAGCAGAGCCGGCCGGGGCGAAGAGCUUGCUUCCCCAGCGUCGACUCGAUCCACUCCCUGGUCGCGGGGAUCGACGCGCGAGAAGUCGGAUAGCGUCCGGCGGAACACGUCUCACGCAGGCACCGAGGACUCGUCACGUCGCCAUAUCGGCGCACCAUUGCAGACUCCAGCGCCGAUGGAUCUUGUUGCUGACAGCUCAGGGGACUUGAAAGUCAUGAAGGACGAAAGGCAGCUGAAGAAGGAAGCGGCUGCACGUGAGCUUGAGGAGCGACGGAAAUCCCUGGCUAGGAGGCCAUCUGUCCCUCCAAUCAUCCACCCGGAUGAGAUCGCCUUAUCACCGGCAGUACGGACGCCGCCCGCACUCCAAGAACUGCCGAGCACCACAUAUGUGCCGCCCAAGAAGGAGGAUCUCCCCUCCCGCAGCGCCAGCGUUGAUCCGACCCCAGCGAGGAGCAUGUUCGCGAACCGCAACGGGCCCCUGAUCGGCCUGCCGGCGACGCCGAGGGCAAUGCGCCUGGUCUUGGAGUCGGAUGCGUCCAAGCAUGACGAGCCCGUUCCCCCAAUCCCCGUGACUUUCGCCCAGGCAUCUCCUGGGAAGUCUAACCAGCCGAGCCAAAGGUCGCCCGGCAGGCCCUCCCCGACCAAGGUGGAAAAGCAGGCUGAGCAGCAAGAAGAGAGCACCAUCUUAUUGCCGUCGACUGUCUACACGCCACCUCCAGCCACCAAUUCACGGUUGGCUGCCCAGAUCGGAAGGUCCAUGUCCGCUCCUCCACAGGACUUGGUGCCGCCUCAGGGCCACUCGAGAGGGCACUCAUUCUCCGUGCAGUCCCGGAGACCGUCCCAUGACUCGAACGCCUUUGUACGCAGGCCGUCCCACGAUGCGAAUGCCUUUUCAGGCCGCAGGCCAUCACACGAUGCGAACAUUCCGCCCCCGCCACCACAGCCGUCGGCACCGCCAUUGCUCAAGGAGCUCCAGCACCUCGCCCAACCGCCGCCGCCACCGCCAGCUCCCCUGCAGCACCUCGCCGCGACCAGCCCGAAGCCGGUGGUCUACGGCGGCAGCUCGGGUAUGAUUGAAAUCGUCAUGGACGAUGACCAGCAGCAGGCCCCACAGCAGCAACAGCAAGAGCAACAACAACAAUCAUCCAUCCCAACCGCCAUCCCCGUCAGCGAGACGACGGUGCCAGUCAUCUCCCCGCCAGUGCCACGGAACGGACACGUCCGCGGGCGGAGCAGCGUGGACAACAGCAUUGGAGCACGCAUCUCACGGGCAACAGAACGGAUGCGGUCAGUCAGCCGCAGCCGGAUAGGGCGCGGCGGCGGCGACAAGGACGGGGUUGCUGGGGCGGGGGCGCGCACAAAGUCGCCCGACGUGGUCGUGGCGCCCUACGAGAGCAUCCCGCCGGGCCCGCCCGUGUCCAUGAGCUACCGCGUGCAGGCGCAGGUGUUCCAGCAGGUGCAGGCCCAGGUCGCGCAGCAGCAGGCGCAGAAUGAGUAUCGGACGGGGCUGCAUCAAAGUGAGAUGAUCUGA